UGGACCAGUUUGGGCAUGGCUGGAGCACCUGGGAGGACCCUGGGCCGUACUGGGAGGACCCUGACCAUCCUCCUCCUCCACAGGACGCUGGGGCUGCAGCGCCCGGCCUUAAUCAGCAUCUUCAGGGCCUUCCUCCUGCUCUUCCUCGCCGGCCACAUCUCCUACCUGAGCCUCGUGCGCUUCGACUACGGCUACAACCUGGUGGCCAACGCCGCUGCUGGAAUGCUGACGGUGGCGUGGUGGCUGCGGUGGUGCCUGCGGCAGGGCCGGCGCCUCCCGCACGUGUGGAAAUGCGCGGCCGCCGUGCUGCUGCUCCAGGCGCUGGCGCUGCUCGAGCUCCUCGACUUCCCUCCCCUGCUCUGGGUGCUGGACGCCCACGCGCUCUGGCACAUCGGGACCAUCCCCCUCAACGUGCUCUUCUACAGGUCAGAGACCCCCCCCUCACCAUUUCAAACAGGGGUGAGGGGCUCCCCGUGCUCCCCAGGGGGGUUUGGGGGGGUUCUGCUGUGGUCUGGGGAUGAGGGGAUUGGGGUGUUUGGGACCCUGCUGGAUCGCUGGGGGACUGAAAACGGAGUGCUUGGGGCCUCCUUCAAUUUUCUAUAG